GGACAGGGUGACUGGUCAGAAUUGAGGGAAGGAUGAAUGCAGCCAAACACAGAGAGGUCCUUGAAGAAAACCUUCUCCAGAGUGCACACAACCUCACACUGGGGCAACGGAGCAACUUUUUGACUAGAAGAGGGAAAGUAAUCCACAAAGAAUGGCUGAGAGGAAACUUCUCCCAAGAGACGACGAUGAAGGAUCUCUGCUAUCAAAAUUAGGGACCGAUAGCCCAAAACCGCGAGUGAAAUUUGGAGGUAUGUUUUGCAACGUAGAAGGUGCUUUUGAAAACAAAACUUUAAAUUUUGAGUCAUUCAGUCCCAGUUCAGUGAGAAGAAAUGCAAAAACUCGGUUUGAGGACAGGUGCAUGUCAUCCGCGGAUUCGGACACUUUCAGUGAAAUAAGCACCUUCUCCAGCGCCAGUGCGACUUCUCCUCGAUCCGAACUCUCUGCCAGCACGAGGGGGCAAACCAUUGUCUUUCCCUCUGGACAAAAGCGCGAGCGCCACGGAGAGUCCCAGAGUGACCGCAUGAUUAUCAAGGGAGGAAAAAUAGUUAACGAUGACCAGUCUUUUUACGCUGAUGUGUACGUGGAAGACGGGGUUAUAAAGCAGAUUGGGGAAAACCUCAUCGUCCCGGGAGGGGUGAAGGUCAUCGACGCCUAUGGCCACAUCGUCAUCCCGGGCGGAGUAGAUGUCAACACCAGUCUGCAUGCCCCUUUCCUGGGCAUGAGCCCGGCCGACGACUUCUACCAUGGAACCAUGGCUGCCCUGGCGGGGGGCACCACCACCAUCAUCGACCAUGUCGUACCUGAGCCAGGAACCAGUCUCCUGGGCGCAUACGAUCAGUGGCGGGACAUCGCCGACAAGAAGUCGUGCUGUGACUACUCUCUCCACGUGGACAUCACCCGCUGGCAUGAGGGCCUCACCGAGGAGCUGGAGACCCUAGUCCGAGACAAAGGUGUGAAUUCCUUUUUGAUCUACAUGGGGUACAAGGACAGAUUCCAGAGUUCUGACACCCAGAUGUACGAAGCCUUCGGCGUCAUCAGAGAUCUGGGGGCCAUUGCGCAAGUGCACGCGGAAAACGGAGACAUCAUCGAAGAGGAGCAGAAGAAGUUGCUGGAAAUGGGUAUCACAGGCCCUGAAGGACAUAUGCUGAGUCAUUCUGAGGAGGUGGAAACAGAAGCUGUGUACCGAGCCAUAACUAUUGCCAAGCAGGCCAACUGCCCCCUCUACAUCACCAAGGUGAUGAGCAAAUCUGCGGCUGAUGUCAUCGCUCAGUCCAGGAAGAAGGGCAUUGUGGUUUACGGGGAGCCAAUCACAGCCAGCCUGGGCACUGACGGCUCACACUAUUGGAGCAAAAACUGGGCCAAAGCCGCCGCUUUUGUCAUGUCCCCGCCCCUCAGCCCUGAUCCCACCACUCCAGACUACCUCAACUCAUUGCUGUCCUGCGGAGACCUGCAGCUGACAGCCAGUGCUCACAGCACAUUCACCACGGCACAGAAAGCCGUAGGGAAGGACAACUUCACCUACAUUCCAGAGGGAACCAAUGGGAUUGAGGAGCGGAUGUCCAUCGUUUGGGAGAAGGCUGUGGCAACAGGCAAGAUGGAUGAAAAUGAGUUUGUCGCAGUGACCAGCACCAACGCUGCAAAAAUCUUCAACAUUUACCCUCGCAAAGGCCGGAUUGCGGUGGGCUCUGAUGCCGAUAUGGUCCUCUGGAACCCCAAGGAAACCAAAAUAUUCUCCGCUAAGUCACAUGCUCUGACGGUUGAGUACAAUAUUUUUGAAGGGAUGGAGUGUCGAGGCGCUCCGGCGGUGGUGAUCAGCCAGGGGAAGAUCGUGCUGGAGUCUGGGAACCUGAAUGUCACGGAAGGAUCCGGGCGCUUCAUUCCGAGGAAGGCCUUCCCAGACUAUGUUUACAAGAGGAUCAAGGCACGGAGUAGGAUGGCAGAUGCUCGAGGUGUUCCAAGAGGGCUUUACGACGGCCCCGUCCAUGAUGUUGUCAGUGCAACAAAAUCAAUGCCGCCAACGCCCACCGGCCGCGGACCUGCAUGUCCUGGGAAAGCUCAGAUAGCCCCGGCACGGAACCUCCACCAAUCAGGGUUCACUCUCUCUGGAACUCAAAUGGAUGACCACAUUCCAAGGCGCACCGCACAAAGGAUUGUGGCUCCCCCUGGUGGUAGAUCCAAUAUUACUUCACUGUCGUGAUCGUUGCCUCUGCUGUUGCGUACGAAUCAAACUGCUCUUGACUUCCAUAGCAUAUUGAACAUCACAUAACGAUAACGUAAAUAAUCUGUAAAGCAGAAAGUGCAAAUGAUAUAUUCAUAACUUUGCUCAUAUAUGCCAACAGUCAAAACACACAGCAUAACUAUUCUAAUUUACAGUAAAUCCCAAUUUAUGUUUAAGCCACCUUUACCCUCCAGCAUCUAUCAUGAUUAAGUCCAUAGCAUGUACGGAGAACAAAUCAUUCAUAAUUGUUUAGAAAUAUAUUAAGUCAGCUUCAGUGUAGCAUUAAACUACUGAGAAAAGUUAGUUGGAAGUGAAAUUAGUUUCUGUAAAAAAAACACUGUGAAAGGAUAUCAGUAUAGUGCUGCUUUUUGAAUGAAAUUCAUCCUGUGUUUCAUGUUUGGAUCUGGGUUGUACCUAUGUUUUUCACCUCAGAGCCACUUCUGGGUCCUACAUUUAAAAUGUAUUAGUGUCAGUGAUUGAUAGAGAACAGCUUUAGUUGGAGUGCUUGUAUGUGUAUCACUAUAAAACAGAAAUAUUAUGAAUGACUAAAGGGUUUGCACCCAAAUUUUAAGAAACACCAUUUUCCAAGAUAAUGCCAUCUUCUUAGCUUAUUAGAGCCAUCAGAUGCCUACAUGCAUAUCUCUAUUCUGGGUUAUUUUAUCUUUACACAAAGCUUUCUGGCCAGUUUUAUGAUUUCAAAAUUUGUAUUAUUAUCAUAUUUUAAACAUAUGACUUACGGUGCUCUCAAACCAUAUACUUUAGCCAUGGCAACAUCACUGUCAUGGAUUUAAAGAAAUAAAACAUGGUUAUAAAGACUUCUUUUUAAACCUGGUUUGCAUUUUUAAACCCCAGUGGUUAACUGAAGUAUCAUUAUUAUGUCUUUGUAAACUUCCUGUUUGUACUUUUACAUGAUCUGACAAAAAGACAAUUUUUAAAAAACCGAUUACUUGAACAAUGUUUAUGUUGUGCUGUUCUCGGAAAAGGUCUUUAUUAAAUGGUGUGAGAAGAAAUCUGUUGGCAGUGUUCAUUUUACGGAAACCUGGUCGACCGGUGAAUCUUUUUUAUACCCUUUUUUGUGUCCUGUCUGUCUGUAAAUACAGUACAUGUUUCAAAAUAUGCAUGGUAAGCAUGUCUGGAAUAAAGUUGGUGAAAACGUAAA